CUAACCUGUCUGUGUGUAACCUGUCUGUCUCUAACCUGUCUGUCUGCAGGCUGAUGGCAGUAGAGGAAGAGCUGAAGAAAGAUCAUUCUGACAUGCAGGCUGUGGUGGACUCCAAACAGAAGAUCAUCGAGACACAGGAGAAGAGGAUAGCGAGUCUGGAUGCAGCGAACAGCCGUCUGAUGGCGGCGGUCUCCCAGCUGAAGGACCGCUACGCGGGGACGUCCCAGAGGAACGGCCUGUCUCCUAGCAACUCCUCGUCUCUGCAGAUCACCGAGAACGGAGAGUUCCGUAACUCCGGCAACAACUGCUGAGCUGGGCCGACCAAUCAGCAAUCUGACUCCGCCCCUCACUUCCUGUUUUAGCUUUGCAUGUUUCCUUUUUGAACAUCAUACAACGUGUGACAUCAUAUCCUGUUUCCGUUUUGCUAUUUCCUGCUGGCAGCCAAGCUGCACGUCCUGAUUGGACGAACCCUUCCCUCGGUGGGCGUCGGCCUGCUCCCUGACUGUAGGAUAAGUAAUGUCUUCACGUCAGAUGGACGGCGAGGAGAGAGACAACUUCUUCUCAGCUUCUCAGAGACAACCAAUGGGAAGCGUGGAAAUGACGCUAAACAAGCCUGAAUUAACUGUUAUUUAGUUAUAUAUAUUUACACACACACACACACACACACACACUCGCUAACUGGUCUGGUAGAAGAACUUAUUUAAAGAGACAGUCUGAAUAUUUUCCUCAUGUUUUCGGCUCUGUGUGUUUGGGUUUUGUCUUAAAGGAACAGAACACACAGUCAGAUGAGCUGUAGGUUAGCCUAGCUUAGCACAAAGACUGGAAGCAGAGGGAAACUGUUAGCCUAGCUUGAUGUGUUGGCCGCUCUGGGCUUCCGUACUUCAGUUUGAGUUCCACUUGUUAUUUUAAUGUAAAUGUAGAAAGAUUUUAUUGUAAAACAUGAAAAAGUGUAAGUUGUGCUGAAAGUCUGUUCGCCGUGCUCCCGUAUUUAUAAA